UGUGUGUGGUCAUAAAGGCUGACUGAUAAAAAAAAAAGCAAAAUAAAAUAAACGCCAUUUCUUGGAGGCAGCCUGCCAUCCAAAAGAAAAGCGCACAACAAAACCAUCGCUUGAGGGAAGGAACCUGAAUCUGGCGAGGAUUGCAGGAACUAAGGACCAGAGGAAUUGUAGACACAUUCGUGCCGCAGAUAGAGCCCUCCCGAUGUCCAAUAAAAUCAAUCCGAAACGCCGCGAACCGACAGCAGCAGCCGUAGCAGCAGGAGCCGGAACCGGAGCCACCGGAGUAGCCACCAAUACGAGCAGUUCGACAGGGACCUCAAGCGCCGGUAACACAUCGUCGGCGAACACAUCCUCGUCAUCCAGCUCCUCGCUGUCGUCCGCCGGCGGCGGUGAUGCCGGCAUGUCCGCCGAUCUGACAUCACUGUUCGAGUGCCCCGUGUGCUUCGACUAUGUACUGCCCCCCAUUCUGCAAUGCUCUAGCGGGCACCUGGUGUGCGUCUCCUGCCGCUCAAAGCUCACCUGCUGUCCCACCUGCCGUGGCCCGCUGGCGAAUAUCCGGAAUCUGGCGAUGGAGAAGGUGGCCUCAAAUGUUAAGUUCCCGUGCAAGCACUCCGGCUACGGAUGUACUGCGUCACUGGUCUACACGGAGAAGACGGAACACGAGGAGACGUGCGAGUGCCGGCCAUAUCUGUGUCCCUGCCCAGGUGCCAGCUGCAAGUGGCAGGGCCCGCUCGACCUAGUCAUGCAGCACCUGAUGAUGUCGCACAAGAGCAUCACAACGCUGCAGGGCGAGGACAUUGUGUUCCUGGCCACUGACAUCAACCUGCCCGGCGCCGUUGACUGGGUGAUGAUGCAGUCCUGCUUCGGCCAUCAUUUUAUGCUCGUGCUGGAGAAACAGGAGAAGUAUGACGGCCACCAGCAGUUCUUUGCCAUUGUCCAGCUGAUUGGAUCGCGCAAGGAGGCGGAGAACUUUGUGUAUCGUCUGGAGCUCAACGGCAACCGGCGGCGGCUCACCUGGGAGGCCAUGCCGCGUUCCAUCCACGAAGGUGUGGCCUCAGCGAUCCACAACUCGGACUGUCUGGUGUUCGACACGUCGAUUGCGCAACUUUUUGCCGAUAAUGGCAACCUGGGCAUCAACGUGACCAUUUCCCUGGUCUAAGUCUAAGCGCACUGUCAAUUCGCCGAGUUCUUACUUUUUUGUUUAAUUUUUUUCCGAUACAUAUAUAUAUAUAUAUGCAUAUAUAGUUUAUACAUAGCCCCCCCUGAGAAGGGAUAGAAGAAACCGAAACAGAAACAGAGAUAUGUAGUUGUGCAGAGUUGUUUUAUAAAAAUGAUUCUUCAUUCUAAUAGCCACGUACAUGCAUAUGUGUAUAUAUCUAUGGAAAUAUCAGACCCGAUUCGAUUUUCACAUCUGGAGAAUUGGUUUUAUCUUCUCUUUUUGGGAUCUUACUUUCAAGUUGUAUAAUAUUUGUGAAGAUGUGAUUUUUUGUGUUCUAUGUGAAAGUACCUUAAAUUAAUAAUUCUUUUAAUUAGUUUUCGAAUUAAAAAAAUAUAUAUUCAUAAUUCUUUGAUUGUGAAAAUCGAAAUAGGGUCUGUAUGUUUGUAUGUCUAAACGGUUCGAUUGGUACUUUAGAUCUACAUAGGACUUGAUUUUUCACUUAAUCCUCCUCCUCAUACUACGAUUUUCUUGAUUUUUUUUAUAUGUUUGGCUCGUGGGGUUCUGCUUUAGUUCAAUUUAGUUUGUAAGCCGAUUGCGGCGGGCCACACACACACACAACACACACACCUGGAGCAGAGCUGCCUGUCCACCACCCACCACCCAACAACAGACACAAAAAACAAACCUCUCGGAAAGACCAACAAGAAGGUGGAACAUACACACACUCGAACUCAAACACUGCAAAUCCUAGUUUAGUUAAUGUAAAUUAUUUUAUACAAUAAUUGUAAAUGGUAAUAAGUAAACGAGCAGUUUAACGAAAUUAACAAAACACAAUACAGAAUAACAAUAGCAACAAAUGCGAAACCACAAACAAAGAUAAUAUUUGAUAGCUAUAAUCUGUAAUCUGUAAUAACUCGAGAGUUUGAUUGAGAGUUGCAGCAGCCAAACCAUCACAAAAAAAAUAAUAACAUGACGAGAUCAUUUUUUAUUUUCGCAAUAAUACAAAAAAAAGACAGUUUCGUAUACCCAUCCUCCUCCCAUCCUUAAAUCCUAAAUCGUACGACAAGCAAUGUUAAUGUUUAUAUAUCCACCUAGUUUAGACGAUCUCCUCCAGUUCCCCCGGCUCAUAGUUUGGUUUCUUGUUUUUGGAAUUCUUUCUGCCCGAUCGAAAAUGGAUGAAAAAUGAUUUUAAAGCAUCUGCACCGUAAUUAGCUUUUAAUGCGCCGAUUUACCGCGCCACUACCAUACGAGAUCACUCACACACACAAACUACUGAAGUGAAAUAAACGUGAUUAGUAAAAGUAAAAAAAA